AUGCUCCGACUCAACGCACACUCGAUCCAAAUCGCCGCCGCUAUAUCCUUCCUCUGGCUGUUCCUGAUCUUCGCUUUCCGAUAUCAUGAUGCGACCGGUGCAUUUCCGUCUGUGAAGACGCCCAGCAACAAUCCGAGUCGCAUUGCGUUUCCCAACUCCCCCAGCCUGCAGAGCUUCAGCCCGAUCGAACUGGGCGCCCGUUACUUUCUGGACUAUCCCCUUGGCUCGCCGUACAAGGAAGUCUUUGGCGAACUCGGCCAGCGUGCCGUCGUGCUUCGAUCGUGGAUCGAGGAGCUGGAAUCGCAUGUUGAGGAGUCGGCUGGCAACGACAAAGAAGAUUCACGGAAGGCCAUCGCGGAACUCGUCGUGCAAGUCACCGAGUCUCUCUUCCCUUAUCUAAAGCCUCAAUCGACCGAACCUGUCCAAUAUUCCCCGCCCCUGUCGGCCAUCCGAGAUCGACUUGGCCUUUCAACCGAUACCAACACCUCCAUUAUUCCUCAGAGCACCGGAAUUGUCAUCCCCACGGGUGACAAAACUCUGCGCUUUGCCUGCCAUCUGAUCGCAUCAUUGACGCGCGUACUCAAAACUCAGCUCCCGAUCCAGAUCGUCUACGCAGGACCCGAAGACUUAUCACAAAAGGGAAAAGAUGCGAUCCAGAAGGCGGGGGAUGGCAGGGAGAUCGAGAUGCUCGAUAUCCUCACUGUCUUUGACGAUAGGACGUUGCAGUUGGCUCAUGGAGGGUGGGCGAUCAAGCCAUUUGCGGCGCUGGCGAGCCGCUUUGAGCAAGUGAUCCUCCUCGAUGCGGAUACUGUCUUUCUGCAAGACCCUAAAGAGCUCCUCAACCAAGAUCAAUACCAAGAGACAGGCGUCAUGCUAUUCCACGACCGCCUCCUUUGGCAAGGCGGCUUCGCCGAACGGCAAGACUGGUGGCAUGAACAAAUCAAGCACCCGAGCAACGAGACUGCAAAAUCGCUUGUUUGGACGGAGCGUUACUCAGAGGAGGGUGACUCUGGACUCGUCGUUGUUGAUAAGUCCCGCCUUGAUGUUUUGAUUGGUCUGCUCCAUAUAGGAUGGCAGAACUCGCAUGAUGUACGGGAGGAGUGGACUUACAAAAUCACAUAUGGUGAUAAAGAGACGUGGUGGAUUGGUUUUGAGGCCACCGAAUCAACCUAUACCUUUUCACCCCACUACGGCGGCAUGGUGGGCUGGCUAGUGGAAGCUGAAGAGAAAAACCAAGAGGAGGAGAGCGAACAAGAAACCAACAACGCGAGGAGAGAUGGUGGGCUUCAAUCUAAGCCCGAAGUACGCGUGUGCAGCUUUGUUAUUGCACAUGUCGACCAGAGAGAAAAGUUGCUAUGGUAUAACGGCGGGCUGUUAAAAAACAAGAUCGUCAACCAGACGGCCUUCGAGGUGCCAACGCACUGGAUGAUUGACCAACAUUGGGUCAAGGGCGCCUCGAAGCAAGAUAUGAGCUGUAUGGUAGGGACCGAGGUGAGCACGUUGUCAGAGCACGAAUCGGAUAUCCUCAGUCGUUCGAUUGCGGUGGCGCAGGAGGUUGAUGAAAAAUUGGGUUUAAUAUCAUGA